CAGGCUAAAGGCGCUCACUAUAGGGACACAAAGCUGCAAUUUCGAUCCUUCCAACCUCUUUCCAGCCCUUGAUCGAAUAUCUGAAUGUCCUCAACAUCAAUUCCAUAUUGAAUUCAGAUUGCAACAAGAGUACUUUAGUCACCUACUACAAUGGAUGUCCCCGGCUACGCUCUCGUCACAGGUGCAGGCUCCCCCUUCGGUAUCGGCACCGCUUGUGCGUUAGCUUUUGCCCAGGAAGGAGCAGCUGGCGUCGCGAUCCUCGACAUCAACGCUGAGGGUCUCGAAGCAACAAAAGCUGAAAUCGCCAAAGUCACCAGAGACGUGCCGUGUCAGGUCUUGGCAUACGCACUCAAUAUCACCGAUGAAGCAGAAGUGACUCGCGUCGUCCACGAUGUCGCUACGAGAUUUGGCCGCUUGGACUACGUUGUCAACGCUGCAGGCAUCGCUAUCAAACAUCCUGGUGGCAGUGCGUUUGCGAAGACGGAGGAUUGGAAUCGAGUUCUUGAUAUAAACCUGAAUGGCACGUUCUACGUUCUUCGCGCCGCAGCAGCCAUCAUGCUUGAGCAAGAGCCGAUCAAGUCUUCGAUUGACGGGCGGCCUUUGCAGCGCGGCUCCAUCAUCAACUUCUCAUCCAUUCAAGGCGUCGUUGGUAUUACUCUUUCCACAGCCUAUACAACGGCUAAGCACGCCGUGAUCGGACUGACCAGAACGGCGUCCGAGGAUUAUGCAGCCAGAGGAUUGAGGGUCAAUGCGAUUUGCCCAGGCUACACGGAAACGCCGAUGACGACGAAGAACCCGGAGGUGUUGAAGGCUAUGGAGGAGCGGGUUGAGAGUGCAGUGCCGAUGAAGCGUAUGGGUGCACCAAGGGAGAUUGCGGAUGGUGUAUUGUAUUUGGCGGGUGGAAGGAGCAGUUUCGUCACAGGAAGUGCAUUGGUCGUUGACGGCGGCUACACAUCGAGGUAAUAGGAUACAU